AUUGACGGGGAAGUUUUUAAAGUGAGAUGCAUCAUUGAGCCAAAAGGAGAGUGGCGUCUAAGCGUUGUCGAAUGUGUUUCACCAAAUGGAAUUGCGGUACCGAUUGUGCCUAUGUGCGACGAAAGGAUAGUUGAUGGUCGCAUAUAUCAAUGCAAAAAGCAUGUUAACGGUAGCGUUGAUUUUCUACAAAGAGACGACACCAAAAUUCCGUGUGAUGGUCAUCCAUACGGUUCAUUGUGGAAAGAGGACUCGCUACAAUUUGGUUGUGGUAAGGGAGGUAUGAAAGACUUCAUGGGUUGCAUCACAUCAUCAGGCAUGUUCAUUCCAAGUGGAGAGGUGAAAUGGGUGGAUGGUGUCCAGAUCGAAUGUAUGAGGCAUGCUAACGGUACCAUAAUGAUGAAUGUCCUCGAUAGACUCACUAGAACGACGUGCAAAGAUAAUAGAGGAAAGGAGAGAAAUGAAGGUAACCUCUUAGUCACUUUAGCUACUGUCCUGAUUAUUGCGCCUGUACAAGAACUUGUUUGGAAAACAGGUACAACAUGGAAUAAAGAAUUACUACAGUAUAGAUGUGGCAAAGGAGGUGUGAUAGAGUUGAUGGGUUGUAUCACAACUUCUGGACAGCUGAUUCCAAUUGGUACAGUGAAGUCUGUAAGUUCAUGA